GAACAUAGCAUAUAGGCUUAAGAUAUCGUUACUGGAUCCUCACUUGCGCUUGUCACUGCCCGAAAUGGCAAUUAUGAAGAUACUGCUGCGACCAAACAUCGCAAGGUUCACGGGUGUCAGACAUUUAACUAUCAAGCCAAAGUUUGGUUUGCUCUUUGACAUUGAUGGUGUAAUAGUACGUGGCAAAAAUGUGUUGCCACCAGUACCAGAAGCCUUCAAGCAACUUCAAGGAAAAGAUGGCAAAUUUCGUGUACCAACAAUAUUUGUCACUAAUAGUGGAAAUGCUCUGCGUAGUCAAAAAGCAGCAGACCUGUCCAAAUGGAUAGGAUUUGAAGUAAAGGAGUCUCAGGUGGUCAUGGCCCAUUCACCUUUAAGGCUGUUCCAACAUUUUCAUAAUAAGCAAGUUUUAAUAUCUGGUCAAGGUCCAAUUAAAGAAAUCGCUCAGGAAUUGGGCUUCCAGAAAACAAUAACUAUUCACGAAUUAGUAAAAAAUUUCCCAUCCUUGGACUAUGUAAAUAUGCUAAAGAGAAAUCCACAGAGUGGUCCUAUAGAUCCAAAUUUCCCUAGAAUUGAGGGUAUUGUACUGUUCAGUGAACCAGUGUCGUGGGAAACUCCCUUACAAUUGAUGAUUGAUCUUCUAAUGACUAAUGGCAUGCCAGCCAGCCUGCCCAGUGAAAUUCCUUAUCCUCACAUUCCGAUCUUGGCAUGUAAUAUGGAUUUAUUAUGGGUAUCUGAAGCACCAAUUCCAAGAUACGGUCAUGGUGCUUUUCUAUUAUGUCUAGAGUCCCUUUAUAAGAAAAUCACAGGGAAGGACAUGAUAUAUUCUGCUCUAGUCGGAAAACCUGCUGAAGUUACAUACUAUCAUGCAAAUCAUAUGCUUCGUGAGCAUGCUAAAAGUAUUGGAAUAAAUCACAAUGUGGACACUAUAUAUGCAAUUGGGGAUAACAUUAACACCGACAUCUUUGGUGCGAACUUGUACGAUAAGUAUCUGUCCCGUUGUAGUGGCGACGAUGUGUUGAAGCCCCAGAAACUAAAGAGAUUACUUGGUAGAGACGUACAACCGCCUAGCGCGAAAGCUUGUAUCAGUAUUUUAGUCGAAACCGGAGUUCAUCGACGGGAUUCGAAUUUCAUACCAGAACACUGUCCUAGAGAUUUCUUGCCGGUCGAUGAUAGUCUGUGCAAGCCUGCGUUCGUAGUGAAAGAUGUCGGCGAAGCAAUUAAUCUCGCGUUUAAGGAAGAGAAAUUCGACUGAAGUGAUAUAUAUAGGACAUACUUUUAGCCUUGGAGUGUUCACAUCCUAAUGUCGAUUAAGAUAGAAAAAGAGAUAAAAUCGUAGAUUAACUUCGCUAA